AAACGUUUGACUCGACAAACAAUUGUCUACGAGGAGACAACGAUUACUUCUCAAGAACCAAUACGUUGUCGCUACUUAUCAGCCGUAUCAGAAGAUUCAAUCGAUCAACAUCAUCUACCAUGGCAACUCACAUGGUUCCAAGACAUGCCUUUUUACCUCGGCAAUUCAAAACUAGGCUUGUCUGCAGAAGCUUGUCGUCAACGCCUCCGACGUCUCAUUCGUACGAAGGCACGAUCGCGAAUUUAAGGAUAGACCAAAACACAAGAGUGAUUUAUCAAGGCUUUACUGGCAAAGCUGCUACCAAAAACGCAAAAGACACCAUUGAGUAUGGAACAAACGUCGUGGGUGGGGUUUCGCCCGGGAAAGGAGGCCAGACUCACGUCGGUCUGCCUGUGUUCGACACUGUACAGGAGGCAAUGAUGGUUGUCAAACCGCAUGCGAGUGCUGUGUUUGUACCUGCGCCAUUCGCAGCCGGGGCUAUCAUCGAGGCCAUCGAGGCCGAGGUCCCGUUGGUCGUGUCGGUUGCUGAGCACGUCCCACUGCACGACAUGGCGAGGGUCCAGGAGAUCUUGAGAACGCAGAGCAAGACCCGCCUUGUCGGGCCCAACUGCCCCGGCAUCAUUGCCCCUGACCAGUGCCGCAUCGGAAUCAUGCCAUACAAGCAAUAUUCCAAGGGCGUGGUGGGCAUUGUCUCAAAAAGCGGAACGCUAAGCUACGAGGCCGUUGGAGCCACGACGAAAGCAGGACUCGGCCAGAGUAUCGUCGUGGGGAUGGGAGGUGAUAUGAUGCCUGGCACAACCCUGCUUGAUGGCCUCAAACUGUUCUUCGAGGACGAUGAGACCAAAGGGAUUAUUGUAAUUGGAGAGAUUGGCGGGGAGGCCGAGCUCAGAGCGGCCGAGGCCAUCAAGGCGUACAGAAAAGCGACUCCGAACCCAAAGCCGAUCGUUGCGAUGGUUGCCGGGAGGACAGCACCGCGCGGAAAGACGAUGGGCCAUGCCGGUGCCCUCCUCUCGUCGAGAGACGUGUCCGCUGACGACAAGGCAAAGGCGCUGGAGGAGGCGGGAGCUGCUGUUGUGCCUCAUCCAGGAGUGAUGGGCACUGAGAUGAAGAGGCUGCUAGGUCUGUAGAAGAGUUAUGUUGUCUCAUUGGCGAGGGCCGAUUGAACCCAACCCCCCCCUCCCCGGGAGAACUACAUCUGGGUGACUGCUUGGAAGACCCACCACAACAAGACCGGGAUCACGGCGAGUGAAUCGGCUCCGAAGCGGCCCGGCAUCGGUGGAGUGCGGCACGGAGCAAGCAAAAUUUUCUCGUCUCCAUCGGACAAACCCGCUUCGCCCUGCCCCCCCCUCCCCCAGAAUCAAAUACUGCCAGUUGCGAUGAACUGUCACCGAUCAGCCAAUCGUCAGAUCCGUCUGCCC